GCCUUCCCCGAAGCGGAUGAAAACAAACACGAACGAUGGCGGCGCCGGGCAGCCGCCGGCUGCGGGGCUUCAGGCGGGAGUGAUCGUUUGAUCUGGAGAGGGGCACUUUGGAGAGCGUGAAUCGGCGUGAGUGCGACCGCUCACCCCGUGCAGAGAGCGAACUCCCCAGUCCCCGGACCUGUCAGCCAGGAGCCUCCCGCGGCGCGAGGUCUCUCCGCGAUCCGAGCUGUCACUGCAGCCCCGACUCGCGGAGCCCUCAGCCAGGAGGCGCGGCUGAGCGGCCCCAGGCCCCGGCCACCGUAAUGAGAGUCCCGAGCCACGCUCUGUGUCGCAGCUUCGUAGUGGAAGGACCCGUGGACACCUCCGAUCCGUUCUCGUUCAAUAAACCUCGGGAUUCCUAUAGGCAAUGGAAACUGAUCUCAAUUCCCAGGACAGAAAGGACCUGGACAAGUUCAUUAAAUUUUUUGCCCUUAAGACAGUCCAAGUGAUUGUGCAGGCUAGACUUGGUGAGAAGAUCUGUACUCGUUCAUCUUCGUCUCCAACUGGAUCAGAUUGGUUCAAUUUAGCAAUCAAAGACAUCCCAGAGGUUACACAUGAAGCUAAGAAGGCACUGGCAGGGCAGCUGCCCGCUGUCGGGAGGUCUAUGUGUGUGGAGAUCUCACUUAAGACUUCUGAGGGUGAUUCCAUGGAGUUAGAAAUAUGGUGUCUUGAAAUGAAUGAAAAGUGUGAUAAAGAGAUCAAAGUUUCCUACACGGUAUACAACAGACUCUCAUUGUUGCUGAAGUCUCUCCUGGCUAUAACUAGAGUGACACCGGCCUACAGACUCUCCAGGAAGCAAGGGCAUGAGUAUGUAAUAUUGUACAGGAUAUAUUUCGGGGAAGUUCAGCUAAAUGGUUUAGGAGAAGGUUUCCAGACAGUUCGUGUUGGGACAGUGGGCACCCCUGUGGGUACCAUCACUCUUUCUUGUGCUUAUAGAAUUAACUUGGCAUUCAUGUCUACCAGGCAGUUUGAGAGGACGCCACCUAUCAUGGGGAUUAUCAUCGAUCAUUUUGUGGACCGUCCCUACCCCAGCUCCUCACACCCCUGCAACUACAGAGCUACAGGCGAGGACACUGGGGUGACAUAUCCUUCUGUAGAAGAUUCUCAAGAAGUGUGUACCACCUCUUUUUCCACCUCCCCUCCAUCCCAGUGUGUGUUCACUGUCACAAGGGCACAUUCUCAGAGCCCUACUCCUGUGCUGACGGACACCCUGAGGGUCCCCAUUGCAGGACUGGCCUUUCCCUACCAACUCUCAAGCUCUCGCCUUUCCUAUCAGCCUGCCGCCCUGGGUGUUGGAUCAGCUGACCUGGCUUAUCCAGUAGUGUAUGCUGCUGGCCUAAACGCCACUCACCCUCACCAGCUGAUGGUUCCUGGCAAGGAAGGUGGGGUCCCCCUUGCUCCCAACCAGCCCGCCCACGGUGCCCAGGCUGACCAAGAGAGAUUGGCCACCUACACCCCUUCUGACGGGGCCCACGGCACAGCCACACCUUCUAGCAGUGAGGACACAGAAACCGUGUCGAACAGCAGCGAGGGACGGGCCUCUCCCCACGAUGUCUUGGAGACCAUCUUUGUCCGAAAAGUUGGGGCUUUUGUCAACAAACCCAUCAACCAGGUGACCCUGACCAGUUUGGACAUCCCCUUUGCCAUGUUCGCUCCCAGGCACUUAGAGCUGGAGGACGCCGACCCUAUGGUGAAUCCUCCCGAGUCCCCCAGCGCUGCGUCCCCUCUCCAGGGCAGUCUGCACUCCAACGGCUCCAGCGGUGGCAGCAGCGGCAACGCCCACGAUGACUUUGUCAUGGUCGACUUCAAACCGGCUUUUUCUAAAGACGACAUUCUUCCAAUGGACUUGGGGACCUUCUACCGUGAAUUUCAGAACCCCCCUCAACUGAGCAGCCUCUCCAUCGAUAUCGGGGCACAGUCCAUGGCUGAGGACUUGGACUCUCUCCCGGAGAAGCUGGCCGUGCACGAGAAGAAUGUGCGAGAAUUCGAUGCCUUCGUAGAAACCCUGCAGUAAAAGCUGGCGUCAGUCCCAGCAGCAGCCCCUUCCGCCGUCCCGGGAGGCCGAGGGCCCCCCCCACCGUCAGCUGCUCCCAUCCCGUGGAGGCGAGACUGUGUGGCCCCCGGAGACACCGGGGCUGCACUCCAGACUUGGGGGGACUCCUCCUCUGGCCUCAGGGAGGGGAAGCCCCUUGGCCACACCAGGGCCCUCAGCAAGGCCAUCUGCCUCCACUGCUGUCACCAACUGUUUCCCGGAGCCAUUCCUCCUGCCGCCACCACCUCCCAUCCUGGGCCUGUCGUGCAGCUGCCCCCCGGGCCCACAUCAAGCCAUUUGACCUGCCCCCCGAGGCCCAGACCUGAUUUGGGGAGAGAGGAGGAAGGCUCCUUCCUGCCCCGUUGUCGUCUCCUUUCAUCCUGGAAUCUCCCCUCUCUCCCCGGCCCCGUACCUGCACUUUUGGCCAUGACAGGCCUCCUGUGGCGAGAAGCCCGCAGCUGGCUAGCCACGCGCCGGCAGGUUGUGCCAGCCGGGCCCAUGGCAGAGAGUCCGAGCAGCCCUGGUGGCUGCCUGUGCUCAGCUUCUCAGCUCCCGGGGACAGUUCCCAGGAGGGCCCAGCCAAGGUCCUCUCCUCCCUCCCCCUGGCACUGCUCCUUAGUUAUAGAGCACGUAAAUAUUUAUUACAUUCAGAGAAUCAGAUAUUUUAUAGAGAAAAUAUGUUUGAGGCUAGAAGUGUCCACUUGGGGAAGGUGGAGGGUCUCUUCCCCCCCUGGGGCAGGGCCUCUGCCUCCAGAGGCACCUCAGAUCCCCGGCGCUGCUCCCAGAUUCUUCCUUCCCCGAGAUGACAGGUCACGCCCCAGAACAGAGCUGGCUGAGAGCAGCAGGACCUCCCGGAACUGCUGUGUUUGAACUGACACCAGACAGCUCCCUGGACACCGGUGAGAGCCUGGAAUCCGGCUCCCCUCCCAAAGACCAUCCAUCCCGGCAGCCCAGGAAGUCUUGGGUGCCAUAUGCAAUGACGACCCAGAGAUGUGCUGUGUAGCGUGCACCACGGCCAUUGUGUGAGGCCCCAGGGGCCCGCGAAGGCCAGAUAGGCAGGCCCCUUCUCUGGGCCACCCAUUCCUGUUCCUGCGGUUGCAUCAUGGGUUAUUUCUUCCUGCAGUCUGGGCCUGGCCGCCAGUGCUGACUGGCUUCCUUGUCGAGUAAGCAGAGCGGGGCAUUCAGUUGACUCCACCCUUCAGGCAUUGGUACUUGAGUCAGUCAGGUGCCUCCCGCCCUCCUGACCGUCCCUCUCUUCUGUCCACCCCGCCCCGCCCCUCCCUGGGUCCUCAGCGCAGCAGCUGUUGUGCAGUGGAGCAGGAGACCCAUUGCCACUCAGCUGCACGUGACCCUUCAGCAUUCACAAGGAAAGUGUGCCCAGCGGCACAUCCAGCUGUCCGCCUCUCUGGGCCAGAGGGCACCUGUGGCCCACCGAGCCUCUCCCCAAAAGCCUGGCACAUCACUGAGGGUCGCCACUCCCUGCCCUCCCCUCCCACUAUCAGCUGCUGCCCUGCCCUCCUCCAGAGGCCUUGCAUGGAAAGGUCCAGAACAGUCCUCUGGCUCCUAGUCAUGGCCUGCAGGCCACAGCCUUCAGGACCCCAAAGGCAAAAAAGGUCAGGGCACACGGCCCGUGAGACAGCCCGACUGUUGGGGCUGGUCAUGCCCCCCAGCCCAUAAUUAAGAGCCCGUAUCUUCCUUGGGACAGGACUGGCAGCAGUCACCUGUGUCCCUGUGCCCAGACAAGCACCCUCUCCAUCCUCCAGCCCACCUUGUUGGAAAUAUUGAGCUAUACUUUAAGAUGUAUUCGAGAUUUCCAAUAAAAUUUUUCUGUACUUUACAA